AUGCUGGAGGCUUCGUCUGUGCAGGUUCAGCGCAAUCUGCCAGCCUUCCGCCUGCAGUGGCUGGUGCGCAUGUUUUGGGCCUUUGCAAAAGCUCGCUCUGGUGGGGGCCCGCUGGCUAGUUUACUUGCCACGCAGAUCGCGAACGAGAGGGACGAUUUCCAGAAGCACGACGCACAAGUGCCGACCAACUUCAUUUGGGGUUUAGCUCGCUUUGCAACGCGCGGCGCGCCGGCGUGCGCUGAGACCCUCUACGCCAGCUCGCGGCUUCGGGAGCCUGAUGUGCAAGGCAUUUCCAACACAUCCUGGGCAGUGGCUACCCUCAUGUGGCCUGACGUGGCUUUGGCUGCGGCCCUUGCCGCCCGGGUGCUCUUGCUGGAGGGCACCACUUCGGCGGCCGUAGCAGACAUCUCCAGGUUCGACCCACAAGGCUUGGCGAACACUGCCUGGGGCACAGCCUUCUCCACGGCCACCGUGGGGGCUUCGCUUAAGAAGCUUCUGCAACCUGAGCCUCAGAGCCCUGCGAAUGUCGCCUGGUCGUGGGCCACGCUGCAGAUGCACAGCAAGGCCUUGUCGUGCAUGUUGAUGUACGCCCUGCUCGAGGCGGUCCAGGCUCAUGCCUUGGCAGUCCUCGAAGAGUUUCAGCCGCUGCCCUUGACCAACCUCUCAUGGUCGCCAACAGGCCUGCAGUGGAAUGGCGAACCCUUUGCCGGCGCAACCGGCUCGAAAGCUCGGAAGCUGAUGUGGCAGUACAACCCGCAGCAGGCUGCGAAUGCUGCCUGGACGUCUAGCAAGGUGAGCCACGAAGAUGCAAAGCUCAUGGAAGCGAUGAGGGAGUAG